GUCUGGGCCUCAGUCAUGAGGUACUUGUGUCGCGCGCAGCUUCUGAGUCUCCUGUUGUUGCCACUGCUCAAGGCCCGGCUCUCAGUCCCAGCUCAUCCGAUCCCCAAAAGCAUUCUGCCGCUGAUGAUCAGCACUUGGAACUACACGGACGCCAACCGCGAGGCUUGGACCGUGCUCCGGCAGGGUCCCCGGCGGACGCGCCAGGCCGUGAUCCAAGGCUGCCUGCACUGCCAGAAUUCGAACAGCUGCGGCCGCCUUCUGGGCGGUCACAGCGCUCCCGACAGCUCCGGCGGGAUCACCCUGGAGGCGGCCCUCAUUGAUGGCGCGAACAUGGACUACGGGGCUGUGGCCGGAAUGGCGGGGAUACGCAAUGCCAUCGGAGUGGCGCACGACGUCCUGAGGUACACGAACCACUCGCUGUUGGUGGGUGAGGCUGCCGCCAGGUUCGCCGAGGCCAUGGGGCACAAGAAAGAGGUUCACUCUCUUUCGACCACCUUAGACGUCCUGCUCCCCUGGCUUCUGGGCAAAUGUCAGCCCAACUUCUGGCGGAAUGUGCGUCCGUUGGCCAACGACAGCUGCGGCACGUUCUCGCCGCUUCCCCAGGAGCAGCACCAGCGGGAGAUGCGUCAGGAGUACCCCAUCGAGCCGGGCCACCACGAUCAGGUGGGCUUCCUGGCCCUGGACACGGAAGGCCACCUCCAUGCGGCCAGCCUCUCGAGCGGCGCGCGCUUCCGCAUCCCCGGGCGAGUGGGCGAUGCUGCUGUGCCCGGAGCCGGCAUCUAUGCCGACAACCAAGUGGGCGGCGCCCUGGCCACCGGAGACGGGGAUGUCCUGAUGCGCUUUUUGCCCGCCCUGUUGGCCGUAGAGGCCCUCCGCGCCGGACAGUCUCCGGCCAGUGCCGCCGAGGCGGUGAUGCGACGCCUUCUCAGGCACCACACGGAGUUCAAUGGCGGCCUGGUGGUGGUCAGUCGACUGGGUGUCUACUCGGCGGCCUGCGCCGGUCUGGAUGAGUUCCAGUUUGUGGUUAGCGGCGAGCACAGUGGCAGGUCCAUGCGUCGAGUAGAGGGAAUCAAAUGCUUGGAUCGCCAUGAAGUCGUAACCGGAGGACCCAGGGGAAAUUUCUAUGUAGGCCCCAAGAAGAUAUGGGCGGCCGGGGGGGAAGAUGUCUUGGUGCAGCGAGUGGAGAAAAUUACGCUUAACGAAGGAGUCGAUUCCCGAGAGUUUGAGGAGGAAUACGUAGAAGACAAGGCUGCGGAAAUAGACGUGGAUGAAGGGCAGAAAGCGGAGGAGGUACGAUCCCUCUUGGACGAAUCUCCGGGAGAUCUUUUGCUCCAUCAGCUCGGCCUUGCGCCACCUUUUCCCUUCCGUUUUCCUUUUAUAUACUUUUGAGGGGAAAAAACCUUGCCCUCUGCCGACCCCCUCCCUCUCUGCAGAGCUCACAAUUUGUAUAACAAUUUCAGUUUUUCCAGUUUUCCAUUUUCGGGUCCUUUCGUUUUCCUUUCCCGCACUCGUAUCCCCAAUUCAUCUGCUUUGCAUAUUUCUUUGUUAUUUUUCAGUAUUAUUUUCCCUUCUUUUUCCAUUUCGGGGGUUUAGUCUCCGCACCCCCUCUGGACCGCCCCCUGUCUUGCGAUUGUGUAACGUAAUCCCCUCGUGUUGGUUUCCUUCGAAAAUCUGCUGUAAAUGUAUGCAAAUAAGUACAGUUGUGCUUUAAUUUGUGCGAGUCCCACAAACUUUUGACGGGUGUGACCUAACCAUUAAAGUUUUUCCGGGAAAGUUUUCAAUUGCGGCAAAGGAAAACGAAGGAAAAUCUGCGGGGAUUGCUGUAAGCUAACUAUUUUUGACCAGUAUUACUACGAAAUAUGCUAGAUACCAGAGCUUGUACUACAACCACAAUCUACUCGUAGAAUAUCGUUCGUCAAAGCUCUUGAAGAGCUGCACUCCAUUCAAUUAAAAGCGCAAAUGUCUUACUCAGCCUUAUCUAUCACACGCCACGAUUAUAUUUUUGUGUGUCAUAAAAAUUGAUUGCAAAAAGUCGCUGCGAUCCGCGGCGAUAAGUCAAAGAUAACCCACAGGCACAGAAAAUAGCAAUUGGCCGGCAAUAGGCAAUCGAAAGGCAACCAAGCAAUAGACGACAAUAAAAACACUAUAAAUGGGGGGAAGUAUUAUUUCUAAAAAUCAAAACAAAUGUUAAUAAAUAAUAUUUAAUUCAAUGAAAUCUUCAGACAGUCAUGCGGAUGAGUCAGGGUCAAAAUAUCACCCAUUUGGCAUGCCUCAAAGGCAGAUAAGAUUCCUUACAAUCCCACUUCAAUGGUCAUUUGUGAUACGGGUACUUGUCAGCGAAUCGGCACUAAUCUAGGGAAACAUCUUGAAAUUACUUGCCCUAGAACAAUGUAACCUGGUAAUACCCAGGGUAUACUGUAUUCUGAAACGAGUCUUUUCGUCUGUUUUUCCUGAUAGACCUCUGGAACUGGACGAGCUUUGGUAUUUCUUAGUCUUAGUGCGGUAUUUCUUAGUCGAAAUACUCACCAGAGAACUCUUGGCUAUCUCGUUAUCAGUGGCUGUGAGGGGGGGGAGUAUGAUGGAGUGGGUGGGCUGGCGGACAGGGAACAUGGUCUCAAGUGGCGCAAACAAUUGUGAAUUUUUGUGUGUUGUUUUCGAAAUCCAAUUGCCGUUCAGUUUCAGUUUUAUUCGGUUUAGCAAAGGUGUUGAAUGUUCCACUGUCCAAUUAGAAAUAUGCUGCCAUUUUGGUCUGGACUGAUUGCCUGUCUGUUGGCUCUCCUGGUCGUCCCUCAGGCCCUUGCCUGGGAGUCGCCAGAGCUGCGGAAUGCGGCAGAGCCGCCCCAGUGCUACAGCUGCGAGGGCAUCAACUGUCUGAGGACAA